AAUACUUGUGCACGAGUUUUGGGAGGCGUUCCCUCGAAAUUCUUAUGCAUGCGCUCAUUUCAAAAACUCAGUUUUUCUCAUUUCAAAAGACUGGUUUUUCAGUCGACGAAAAGAUCCUCUUUAGCACCUUUAAAUGGCAAUAAUUAGGUCCUUUUCAUUGCCAUUAAAGUGAAAUAACUGAUAUAUAUAUUAAAAAACGUUAAAAACACGUUUAUGUAUUUUUGUUUAUGUGUUCAUGAAAAUGCCACAUAGUGGCAUCCUUUAGUUUCCGAGCAGCAGAUACAUAGGUGACAGGACCUUCUGGUCUGAGAAGGAAAGCUCACCCCUCCCAGCGCCUCGCACAGCCGCAGUCGGUGGCGAUGCUCGUGCAGACGGCGAAGAGCCGCUAUUGCUGCUGGCUGUGACGAUUCUCCGGUCCGGCAUCACAGCAUCCGAUUCCUCCGUCCGUCCGCGCGGCGCUGCACCUGCAACCAGCGCUGCCAUUGAAUACAAUGGAAAGACAAGAAGGACGCAAAAACAUCUAAACAGGCGCCUCUCCUCUAAAAGACAAGACGGGAGGCAGAAUGAGUGAAGAGGUGGCAGUUUCUCCCAGCUGGCUGGCUCAAGAAACCACGUGGGGCAGCAGCGGUGCGGGGAGCUUAGAGAACAUCACCUUCGGAACGUACCCACCCGCGGUUGUCCUGCCGGCGAGGCCGCCCGCUGAGCUGUUGGUGAACCCGUGGGACAUCGUGCUGUGUUCGUCCGGCACCCUCAUAGCCUGCGAGAACGCCCUGGUGGUUUUGGUCAUCUGGCAGAACCCAGCUCUGCGCGCUCCCAUGUUUCUGCUGAUCGGCAGCCUAGCUCUUGCUGACCUAUUGGCCGGUUUGGGGUUAGUCCUGCACUUUACCUUCGCUUACCUGCUGCGCUCUGACUCGGCACAGCUUCUGACUGUGGGUCUGGUGGUGGCGUCCUUCUCCGCAUCUGUUUUCAGCCUGCUGGCUAUCACCAUUGACCGCUACCUGUCGUUGUACUACGCCCUCACCUAUAACUCUGAACGAACGGCUGCUUUCACAUACACCAUGCUUGUGCUUCUAUGGGGAGUGUCGUUGUGUUUGGGUUUGCUGCCUGUUACCGGUGUGAACUGCCUGGGCCAGGAGGCGAACUGCAGCGUGGUUUGGCCGCUUACAAAAAACAACGUGGCCGUUCUAUCCGUGUCCUUCCUUCUGCUGUUCGGCCUCAUGCUACAGCUCUACGUGCAGAUUUGUAAAAUUGUCAUGCGGCAUGCGCACCAAAUCGCCCUCCAGCACCACUUUUUAGCCGCCAGCCCUCACUAUGUCACAACGCGGAAAGGCGUAUCGACCUUGGCGAUCAUUCUGGGCACAUUCGCUGCUUGUUGGAUGCCAUUUACAGUCUACUCGCUUAUAGCUGAUUACACAUACCCGCCACUCUACACAUACGCCACCCUGGUACCCGCCACCUACAACUCGGUCAUCAACCCCGUAAUUUACGCCUUCCGCAAUCAAGAGAUCCAGAAAGCACUGUGGCUGGUGUGCUGUGGAUGUAUCCCUGCCAGCGUGGCCCAUCGGGCACGGACCCCCAGCGACGUCUGAUGUGCCUAGGGAAUUGCACAGGCCAGAGAUUCCACUGGAACAAGAAGGGGCGUGCUCGUCACCCGUUAUGUCUUCCCCAAUUGUUAUGUGACAACCACUGCCACACGAUCUUUGCCUGAUCCUGAUCCGACCAGCUGCCACACCCUGUCCAGGAAAAAUAGGUGCGGAAAUGGAUGUUGUGUGGCAGGCAGCUGUAAAUAUCUUGUACAUAUACAUGCUUUUGCAUUUUUUGUGCUUGUUUUGGCUUGGCCACAGUGGCAGCCCCCCCUGUUGCACGGGCUUUGAGGGAGGAGGAGGAGGAGGAGGAUGAGGGGCAGCACAAGGCGGUCCUCUUGACUGGAUCCCGAAGCUCAUUCAUCUCGUCCUGCUGUUGCUGCAUUCAAGAACGUGCGCUGAACGUUAAGUAACCGCGGUGUGCUAAAAAUAGAUGAGGCGCUCUGUGAUCCGCGCCUUGCGUCCUCCGAGGAAACCGACCUGGAGAACGAGAGGGAGGGAGAGAGAGGCGCGCUCUCUCUUCUGUUUAAAUCUCAACCCAAGCACGGCCGAAUGUAAAAUGUCCUCCAAAGCAGAAAACCAUGAAGAGCUAAAUACAAUCUCAGAAUGAGAACCACUCUAUAAAUAACCGUACCCGUCGAUGCCUUUAUUUUAGUUUGGAACGGAAGUCCAUCCUCUUCCAUAAAUGCGGGAUGAAAGCAACCAGGACCCAGGAGAAAGUGUUAUGUAUGUUCAUUUAAACAGCCCCCAGUGAAUAGAGGCUCACUUCAAAGAACUGUUGAUUACAAAACGUGCAUUAAGUGUCUGCGAGAAUAAGAGGCCUGUUUAUAUGCAGCGACAUGGAGAAUGGAACUGAAUGUAUUUCCUAUUGAUUUGCUUUUAAUUUGAAUUGUGCCCGCAACACUCUGAAUAGAGCACUGCUCCUGUUAAUAGGUUCAACUGGUAAUUACUACUGGAUACGGGAUACCUAUCACACAAUGGUAGCUCAUAGCAUUUUGCUUAAAAUUUACAUGUAUUACAUUUAUACAGAAGGAUGAUUUGGCCACUUUCUUUCCACAACAUUGCAGACCCCUUUUACACUUAUGCGUUUUUGUUUUAAAGCGGCGUUUUAAAAUGAAAACAAUCCUCAUCUACACUGGCGUUUCCACAGCGUUUUAGAAACGAUCUCCGUCUACACUACUCGGAAAAUCAAAAACCAUGUCACAUGACCGUUCAUGCACACUGGGCAUGCACGUAUAAGUGUAACCAGCCUCUUGUGCAUGUAGGUAGCUGCUGUAU